AUAAAGAAAGAAUUUCUUCGCCGAUGACGAUAGAAGUGUGUUGUGCAUGUAUAUCAUCGCACCAACGGAUAGAAAUGGCAGAUUACAUUUGCGACCCGAUUUACGAUGAGGAAACGAAGAUCAUCCAGGGAUGCCCGGAUGUCUACGAGCCGGAUCCAAAAGGGCUCGGACACGCUUUCUACAACAGCAUGCUCAAGAACGAAGAUCUGAUUGCCCAAAUAGGUUGGCCGAGCGGAAGGACAGAAACUUUCGGGUCUUUGCUGAAGAGAUGCGUUAGAACUGCGAUUGCAUUGAGGAAUAGCGGAGUAGAACCGGGAGACGUAAUCAGCCUCUGCUCGGUGAAUAAUUUCGAUAAUUGCGUUCCGUUCGUCGCGGCGCAAUUCAUCGGAGCCGUUGUGGCUUCUUUAGAUCCCACCAUUGUUUUGGAAGACACCGAGCACCUGGUGAAACAGGUCAACCCGAAAUUCAUCUUCGUCUCGCAAGAUUCCGAAGGAAUGAUUCGCAAUGCAUUAGCCAACGUCGGCUUGAACGAAACCAGGUUGGUUUUAAUUGGAGACGACUCGAACUUCGAAGAUUUCGCGUGCGAAACUGAAGACGAAAGCGACUUCUCUCCUUACGAAGUCGAAGAUAACACGACUACAGCGGUUAUCUUAUUCAGCAGCGGAACCACAGGCUUAUCCAAAGGCAUAUGCGUCCAUCAUUACGGAUUAUCUUUCCAAGCUCAUUUCUUAUGCAAUAACGGCGGUGUCUACGAUUCCAUGUUGAGUUACGCUUCGACGUAUUGGAUUUCUACAGUUUUAUUCUUGAACAUUCAACAUCUUUUCGGAAAAAUGAGAUGCAUUGUUCCCAAAUUCGAUACGAACGAGUUUUGGGAAAUCUUAGAAGCUUGCAAGGUCACCUUUAUAUUUAUGGCUCCAAGUCAAGUCGUGAGGAUCAUAAAGGCAGGAAGACCCGAAGGAGUUGAUACAACUAGUCUUCACGAUAUUAUAAUUGGCGGAGGUCCGCUUUCUGCUGAAAACAACAUGUUGAUGGGAGAUUUGGUGCCUGGAGCUUUCGUGCAUUUAGCUUAUGGACAAUCUGAAGCCACAGGACUUUUAACAUGUUUCAGACCUAGCGAUAGAAGAGAUGUUCUGCACAUGCACAAGAAAUACAGCUCUUGCGGUCGCCCACUCAGCGGUAUUCAAUACAAAAUUGUAGAUCCUGAAUCUGAAGAGGUGCUGGGAUUCAAUCAGCAAGGCGAGUUGAGGUUCAAGCAUAAGUGUCAAAUGAACGGCUACUACAACUUGGACACGACCUCCAGCUUCGACGCGGAUGGUUGGAUCAAAACAGGGGACAUAGCGUAUUACGACGAGGAUUUUUGCUUUUACAUAGUGGACAGGAUCAAGGAGAUGCUCAAAUUUCAAGCCUUUCACAUUCCCCCAGCUAAAAUCGAAGGAGUUUUACUCGCCCAUCCGCAGAUCGCUCAAGCCGUCGUUAUCGGAAUUCCCAACGAGGAAGACGGCGAUCAUCCGAUGGCUUUGGUGAUGUUACACGCAGGAAAAGAGUUAACCGAAGAGGAUUUAAUUAAGUACGUGGAGAAUCGCGUCGAGGAUAGGUACAGGUUGAGAGCUGGAGUCAGGUUCUUGUCUUCACUUCCAUACACGCCCUCCGGCAAAGUCAAGAAGAACCAAUUGAAAAAGAUGAUAUUAUCUGGUGAAUUGUAGUAAAAAUUAAAUAAA